GGGGUCUUGAAGGCAGCAUGAGUUUGGUGUAGCCCCUCCUCGCUUGGAUGCAGUCUGUCUGUCUUCGGCAGUUGAGGAGUGAAGGAGAGACAGACAGAGGGGCGCUGUGACAGUAAGAGUAGAAGAGCAACAGCAGGGAUUUUCGAGCUAAAGCAGAAGUCACCGGGAUAUAUCAGUCAGGAGAGAUGGUCUUCGCGGGUCUGCCGAAGAAAAAAAACAAAGAUUUAUUAUCUCGAUCGGUCGUGAAUCUCAGUGUGAUAGAAGAUGGUAAUUACACUGAUUCCCCUCCUGUUCAGGUGAGUGCUGUGAACGGGAAAUCAGAGGAGACUUGUCAACAGUGAACGUUAAUGUCCGUUAUUGGACAUGGGUUGGCUAACCGCGGUUAUUGAAGUAGUUGUGAUUUGUCCUGUUGUUGUUGUUAACAAAGUCAGUCCGAUAAAGCCUGUUAAUGAUUUGUGUUGAAUAAAUGUGAUCACAGCAGUAGGAAAACAAUCCUCCCUCGCCUCCACCUCGGACGUGCCUGUGUUUGGUUAGUCUCUUUUAACAUCUCUGUAACUUGAUCAGCAUGUCCGUUAAUGCAACAGCGCCUCUAACGUUAGUUAACGUCUGUUCGUCAGUGAAGUUACGCGUUAUGUUUAUUAGCAGAAACAAAUGUGUUUUCUUUAAAUCAGAUAUGAAAAGGAAAGACAUAAAUUCUUAAAUGCUGGACAUCGCAUCGAUAUGUUAAAAUAAACCUGAAACAGGACAAUUUGUGAAUAUAGUUCCCGAAUCAGGGUUGGGAGAUAGAGCUGUUAACCGUUAAACUCAGCAUAUUGUAAAGUAGUUUAUUCAGCCUCAGCUGGGAUCUGUUUAGAGCAGUUUCCAGUCACUCCUAAAUCACUGAUGUCAAUGUUCAGUGCUUUCACUAGCAGAGCAGGAUCUGGAUUUUCUUGGGGUGGUAUGAAACUAAUUCAUCAUUGAAUUCCAUUCAUUUACCCUUUACCAACUUUAAAAAGUAAAUUAUUAGAGCUAAGCUCAUUUGAGUGAUUACUGACUCAGAUUAAAAAAAAGUUGUGUCUCACAAGUAGGGCUGGGCGAUAUGGGAAAAAAUUAUCACAAUACAUUUUUCUUCAUAUCUGUCGGUAUCUAACAGGCUGAAUCUCCUGUUAUAACAGAUGGGACAUUAUUCAAAACUGGAAAAUUAAAUGUCCUCUUAAAAAAGGCUCUGUGAUUUUGUAAAGUUCUUGUUAUACACUCUCAUGUGCAAGUCUUUGUUUUUUCAGUGAGGUUUAGUUUGAAUGAGUUCUUUGUGGUUAAAAUGUAUGUCUGUUUGGAGAGAUUAAUGGUAGUUACAAUAAUAUAGAACUUAGGCUCAAAAAUGAAGUAUUGUAGUUUGAUUCUAAAAAUCAAACACAGUAGUCAUUGAACCUUCCUGGGGAUCAACACAAGGAUCUGUUCUUGUGUGGACUGUACCCAACCUAAGUGUUGUCUUCUUCAGUGAGUUAAAUGCAUGCCUAGGACAGCAAAAAGGAUGGGGAGACAGUUGUGCAGCUUUGGCCCUUCCAGUGUCAUCUGUCAGCUUCCAUCGAGGCAGUGUUUUUGCUUCAUAUUUACAUAAUAAGAGGAGAUGGGGGGACGGUCUCAGUAUAAAGCUUACAGUCAAUUAGGUGCUACCUGGGGUGGCUGCUAAAAUUUCAAGUGGAGCCCUUGGCUACUCCUGGCUACCCUCUCAAACCACCUGAUCACAAGUCUUUUUAUCAACCUUGUAAUUCAAGUGUUCAUACCUCUGGGUUUCUGUUUAUUUUUGUGUUUCUUUCUGGUAAUGUCUACAUGAUAUUUUGUCAUUUAAGAAAGCAUGGGGUAAAAUGUGCUUCUCUCACCAACAGCUGGAUUAAGAGCCAUUUUUGAGGUCUACUACUUAAUCAACAUAGAGCAUCUUUGGUUGAAAAAGUGGUAUGGCCCCAGCUCUAACAAAAGUCCUUAAAGAUGGCCAUGGGAUCCACUUGUCCUCACCGCCUGCCUCGGUCAAAAUGGACUCAGAUGGGCUAGCCAUGCCCAGUACAGAUCCGAAUGUUCAGCUGAUUUCCACAGAUGAUGAGGACCUCCAGAAGAUGUGGCUAAACCUUUCUUUGAUCCCCUCUCUGGACUUCUGCCUCCCCAUGAGCCCUUUGGACAUCCCGGCAACCCCUGCACUAACCCCGUGUCUGCAGGUUUCUCCCAGCCAGGGUGAGAAUUUGCACUUCCCCAGCUCUGCCCACCUCCUCAGCCUCCUCUCAUCCAACAAAGGCCUGAAAGAUUCUCAGCAGGUGGCCUCUAUGUUUCCAGGUGUACCAGACAUGUUUUUAGUCCCUGGUCCUGAAUACAAUAGCCAAGAGGCUUCUCUGCUGCAGGGAUGCAGUGCAGUGCCAGAUGGUGGUGAUGUGCAUUAUUCCUCUAUUACCCUUCCUCAUUCAUAUUCCUUUGGAGAGAAAAAGCACACUGUUAUUUCUACACCCCAGCCUUUAUUGACUCAGGAGAAAGAGGCUGAAGUUGGUUGUUGUCUCCCAUCCUCAGAGCAGCCUUGCAGGAUCAGGGUGAGCUCUGACCAGGUAGUACCCAGAACUGUGUUGGGUGAAGCUGUGAAGAAGCAGCUCUGCAGGCAGACAGGGCUCUGCAGCCGAGCUAAGAGACUGCAAACAAGGCUGCAUGCCCUGCUUGGAGAGCAUGCUCUACUACACUGCAACCAGCAGCUUGAGGGGCUGAAGCAGUACUGCCAACUCGGAGCUGAGUCUUUUGAAAGCGUGAACUCCAUACAUUCUGGCACUCUACCUCCACAAGUAGAUUUAAAAUCACAGUUCUCUUGGCAAGAAUCGUGUACGGCUUCGUUAUCCUUUGAAGAGCUCAGAGAGUUCAGCCACUGCAGCCAGGCAGUGCUAAGAGACCUUCAGGAGGCUUUGGACUCAGAGGCUACAGCCAGCAGCAGCUCUGAUGAGGAAGAAGAGGAGGAGGAUAUACAACACUUCAAAAGCAGGACUUUAUUUGUGUGAGUAUACUGUAUGCAGAAUAAGGUUUUGCAGCUGCAUGUAAAAAUAUUCUCAAACAAACAUUUAUCUGCCCAAAAACCUAGUUUCAGUCACACAUUAUUGUUAGUGUAAAGGAUGUCCUGAAACUGGAAAUUUUGAAUUCUAACUGCCAAACUACUGUAAAAGUAAGAAAAGAACUCAGGAAAAAGUCAGAAUUGUGUGUAAUUUAUUAAGUGGGCAAAGUAAAGGAUCCGUCAGAUUGUUCUGCAGUGUUGAAAACUAGAACCACCAGCCUGUGGUCUUUCUGCAUAUGGUUAAUCCACAUGCCUGAGCUUGUGGCACACUGCAAGCUGUGUCUGGAAUUUACUGGUCACAGCUUGCACACAACUUCUUUAUCUUUAUAUUCUGAAUCAAAAUACUGCGAAAUGGCACAGUGCUACCAAAUGACACCAGUCAUCUGUUCUUACUUACAUCCGGAUAGUAGACAAUCGGAGCAUCAUGGUCGGAACUAUUACCCAGGGCUUCGGCGCUGCACUAAUACUUAAACACAAAUGGGCAUUAUUUCAGGACUUAAAUUAUGUCUUUAAGUGACAGCUGAUAUGAACUGGUUCAUGACCAUAUCCAGUCUCUGGUUCUUAAGUUGUGUCAGCAUUAGCCAUUCUUGUAUAUUUUCAAGCGCCACAGUGUUGAUUAUCACAUUUGCAAGAAACAAUAACAAUCUUCAAACCAGGCCUAUCACUGAUGAGGAGAUAAGGCGGAUCAUAUUUCCUCACAGUGUCUGUGAUAACCAGUAAGUGUUGGAGAAACCACUAUGAGACAAUUUCCUGACUUCACUGAAGUCGAGCUGCAAAAUGGUUUGUUGGGCUGUUCUUGGAUUUGCUCAUGAAAACUCAGCUGGAAUUCAUUGUGGAGCCAUUGGCCCUAAUUCAAGUGAGUGAGGAGCAAACAGAGGUUGACUUUACUCUUUAGGCAACCUCUGAAAGAAGAAACACAGUUGGAGUUAAUUUAAAAAGGAACAUAUAAAGUUAUUUCACCUGAAGAAGUUUGUGAUAGACAUGUUAAAGAUGACACAAGAAAUCUGUGACCACUCUCAGCCUGACAGAGUCCAUUUUGGAAAGUCAGCCCUCUCACUGCAUGAGUCCUCUGUGCCUCUAAAAACUUGAACACUUAUUUUAUUUGGCCCUCAGCAGUGUUUACAGUGUGCUUCUCAAAACUGCAAGUGUUGUCCUCCCAGCUGUGGAGAGUGUGAUGACAUUUUUUCCCAUGCACACAUACACACCUACUCUCUCUCUCUUUCCGUACUGCAGUCAUAACACAUUCAGUAGACUCGCCAGCUCCCUACCCUCAAGCUAGGAAAUAAACACAGACAUGCCAGCCAUUCUGUGCCACCGUGCUCCUCCUCUUUCUAGUGAAAAUAAUGUGUGUGUGUGUGUGUGUGUGUGUGUGUGAGUGUGAGAAUGGGUGGUGCUGCUAUACUUGUAUCAUGGCUCUCACAGAGUCAUAUUUCCCAAGGGUGACAAAAAAGAUGCUUACAGGCCACUAAGCAGGAUGAACUUGUGUUACACUCUAAAGAUGUGAAAAUCUGAACAGUGUACAUCCAUGUUUUUGUCAAUAGGGGAAAAAUGUUUAACUAUUGUUCAGUCUUGACAUUUAAAAUCACAUCUGAACAGAUUUCACUGCCUGUGUGACUCACUCUGUCACCUCCUCAUGGUACAUUAGCAGUGGUGCUGAUAACAUUAAUCUUGAACUUCACCUUUUUGGGGCUUUUCAUAAUCUUCAUUUAGACCAGUAUUUUAGUGUAUCAUCAUCUGGUUGACAUUAAACAGAUUAUCACAGAAUUUCUGUAUUGUGUGAUUGUUGUUCUUGGCAAUGAAGCAGGUACCGUGUUGUGAGUUCACCCUGAGAUUUCAAACCCUGAUCUUUGUUUUGGUCAUACCAGUCAGUAUGAAAACUGGAAACACCCUGGUAUGGAAUAUCAAGUUUGUUGGUUAUUGGUAAAAAAUCUAAUUAUGUCAAACACCUGAGAACAACAACUAGAACUACAUCUCUCAGCAGAUGAUGAAUUAAAGAUAAAAAAUAGAGAUUAUUUGGGCAUGUUUUGCACCAAAUACAUGAGGAAAAAAAAAAGAUUUUUCAUGAGGUUUUCUGCCUAACAGUAAUGAAUUUAAGGAAUGAGAGAGACAGAAACACUGGAUACCCCAAAACGGCUUUGAGCCAGAACAGAUCUACAGACCUUGAUAUCUGCCUCAGGUGAUUUGCUCAUCAGAAUUAGGUGGGAAGGAAUCGAGGAUACAAGGAUUUUCUUUGCUUGGAAAAAGAGUUUAAGAUUAUAUACCCAACCACCGUUGGGAAUAUUUCUGAGCCUGCAGUCUAGUUUUUGGUUUGAGAGCAAUCCUUUUCAAAUUUUAGAUGCGGGAAACUACAUUUCCCGAAGAACCCCCUAAGAAAGAUGAACCUGCUCUACCCUCCACUGCAUAGAAUAUGAAAUCCAAAAUGCAACAGAACAGUAUUUUUAAAAAAUCAUUACCAAAAUAUAUUCUUACUUUUGUCAUGAGAAUCCUCAUGGCUCAGAUUUUCCCUGAGCCAUGGAUUUUAUUGUGCUUUCCUUUUAGUGUGUGGACGUGUUUGUGCAAUGUUAGACCAGCCUGGUGUUACCAGGUUAAUGAUCUUCUUUCUCAGCAAUGUGCUGGCGUCAUAGUUUUGGAUGUAAGUCAUGCGUUCUUAAAGUGCAGCAUGAUCUCUCCUCAGUGGAUGUGGUUCUGUAAAGCUCCCUUUUGUCCUCUUUGGUUUCUAAAUCAGUGCUAUAAACAGGAAGCAUUUACAGCAUGUUUAUCAGCACUGAGAGGUGAAUGAGAGAGGGUGUUUUAUAGGUGUGUGUGUGUGUGUGUGGGCGUGCGCGCUCUUCUUUGUACUUGGCCAGCUUCAGUCAUCUUGGAAGUGUCAGCUUGUCUUUUGUAUGAGUCCGCUGAACAAUGCUCUGCACUUUGUCAGUAAACCUCUCCUGCAGAGUUUUUGUGGCAUGUUCCUCCUUGAGGAGGAUGUCUACUUGUUGGAGAAGAAACAAGUCCCGACUGUGCUUAAGAAAAUGUGGAAACAGUUGGCCUUUAAACCUUCAACAGUGUCAUAGUUUAGCUUGAGUUCAAAACCAUGUGUCCACUCUGCUCCUUUUCUGCUGUGGCAGCAGUGCCUCACUCCUCCAGCUGUUACUCAUUUUUUGGUUUUCACUAUGUUUGUAAUGUUAAAUUAAAUGAAUGUUUUUGGAGGAAGGCUCCAUGCUGGAAAGUUUAAGCUAAAGGCACACCCAAAAGCUCCAGUGCCUGCAAGAGCCAAGAAAUACCGCUCUAAUGCAGGAAUUCUUAAACUUUGAAUUGCUAGCUGAGGCUGGCCUUUCAUUCAGUAAGGCUUAGACUGAGGAAACCCAGCAACUCUUUUUUAAAUUAGAGCUUGUGGGGCUGCUGGAACCACCAAAUCAUUUGAUUGUUUUCUCAGAGAAAUAUAUGCAGUAAGUUGUUAGUGAACUUUCACUCUAACAGAUACAAAGUAACAAUUCCUCUUCCAUGUGGUGCUCCUGACUCGCCCACCACUCAGCAAAUAUUCCAGGAAUUUUCUCAUUAUACAGUUGGAAAGAGCUGCAGGGCACCCAGGUCUAGUCAUUGUCUCUGGAGGAAAGAGGGUGCCUGCUCCUCAACAAACACACAUAGGUCCAGGUUUGAGUAAAUCUCGGCCAUUAUCCAAUCAUAGGCUUCGUUUGCUAAAGAAAAAAAGUCCCCUGCCCUUGACCACAAACUGCCUGUAAUUGAUAUUAAGCAAGUGCUUUGGCAUAACCCUGGUAUAUUAAAAUAAGCACAUCAGAAAACCAAAGGGUGUUUUCAAAUAUUCUGCUGACUGACCAGAGUGUUUGAAGUGGGGGAGUCCCUCUCUGUCUUAGCCAAGGUCCAAAAGCACCUCCAUAGCAACUAUAACCCUGAUGAGGCCGGCCAACCAUACACAAACAGUCACACACACACACACGCACGCACACAUGCACAAACAGAAGAUAAUUGCCCACUGAACAGGCUAGUGCUAUGGAAACAUAGUAUAGAUACACACAACACAAAUCAACUGUGUUUUAUUCUUUGGCCCAGAUCAGCUUUGUGCUUCAGCAUUUCCCCUCCCCAUUCUGUCAGGAUGCUAAACAAUUUACACCCUACAUGGUAACACGACUGUCUAAAAUAGGUCAUAUGUUCUUAGUGCGUCAGUGUGAAGAUGUAAAUUGAACAUUUCUCACCACAUUUGCACAUGGUUGAUUUUUGGCCAUGUUGAAUUUAAUGAUCAAGUUAAAUAAGGCUGAUUUGUAUUUUUUUAAAUUCUAAAUAAUUUUCAGUGCACUUCUUGUGAAAUAUACAACAGUAUGCUACAAUACUGCUACUCGGGUCUUACUGUUCUCUGUCAUCCAUCACCUUGUCCCCCUGCCUGCAGCAGCAGCAGCAGCAGCAGCAGCUGUGAGAGGCAUUGGCUGGAGGAGAGAGCAGAGCUUGGCAGUAGAUGGAGCUGGUUGCAGGUGCGUCUAACAGAGUUGGAGGGGAGAAUUCAACAACUGGUGGGGCUCCACAAGCACAUCCGCACUUUAAAGGUAAGACCAAAGCCCUCUGUGACCAGAUCGAUAUCAUUCUGUGGGCAAAAUGGACCAACAAAAAACCUCAGAGAGUAUCUGUCAGGGACUUUCAGUCUGAUCAUGUUACACAACCAACUUGUGUAAAGAGGAAAUAUAAGGUCAGCUAAUCCUAAAACAUUACAUUUUUCAGUCCUUGGAAAAAAAGUGCAACGAUAUUAGAUUUUUACAUAGACUGAAUUGAUGUUUUUGCUGUUGAACUGCAUUAAAAAGGAAACUUGUUUUCAUUAUAUGUAGUGCUCACAUUCAAGAUUUCUCCCAAAAACUGGCACUUCCUCAGAUCCUGCCUACCCCACCUUUAAAUUUUUUUAAAAUAACAAUAUGUCAUCAUUUUACUGUAUCCAAUUGCAUCCCCUUGAUCAGCUGCAGUUGUCACAUUUCAAAUAUACAUUGAGCAAUGUAGCCACUCAUUAUGGGCUGUUAUUACUAAAUUAAGUUUUAUCAAGACUAAUUUGAAUUUUUCAGUGUAUAAGUGUGCAAUAAACUGAACCGUUCAAUUUCAGAGCCCUGUUGUAUUUGCUGCAUACUGAACCGUGUGACGUUGCACGUAUAUUUAAAUGAUGAAUCCUUGAUAAACCUAAAUUCAUAGUGAGGGUUCAAAAACUGAUGUUUUAUAAAGUUACCCUAGCCUGUGCAUGUGCUUUUGUGUUUCCAGGGUGGAGUGGUGCUUGCAGAGUCCCAGCCCAUGACUGAGGGACAGAUUCAGCACACCCUGCUGAGAAAAAUGGUGGGGUUAUCCGGCACUGCCUCAGAUGCUGACACUGAACCCUGCAGCCCUGCACGCCUUCUGCAUAACAUAAAGAGACAGGUAGGAACAGCACAAACACACACAUAAAUCUGGACUGUUUGAAAAAUGUGACGUCAAUGGGAAUAAUUAUCUGCAAAUUAUUAGUCUAUGUCAGGAGAAAAAAAAAAACAUUUAGAGCUGUUAACUUACCAUUCUGGUGUGAUAGAAAGCACAGGAGAAUUCAUAUCUGCAAUGUUAUAUUCUCGUACUUUUAGUCUUAUUAUUUAAGGUAUGCAUUAGGGGUGGGAGAAAAAAUCGAUACAGCAUAGUAUUGUAAUAUUUUGUCUGGUGAUAUAUCAUAUCGUCUCAUUUACUAAGUAUAAUUUUUUUCAAAUUAAUUGUAAAUAUGGAGUCAAAUCUAUGAUAGUGGAAAAAUAAAAUUAACUGUUUGUCCAAUGAGGUCGGCAGAGGUGAUUUCAAAGAGCAGGAGAAAGUUAGUAAAACAAACAUGGCAGCACCUAGGGAAAGACAUUAGGACACAAAUGAGGUGGACCUGACACAUAAGGUUUGCAAGAUGUGCUACAUGAAAACAAAAUACUGUUUAAAUAAGACAAACAUAAAGGAAAGACAAAUGCUAAACAGUUGAAAAAUUGUAUAAAUUGCAAUAUAUGGUAUUACAAUACUUACUGUGUCGCAAAAUGUUAAAAAUCCAAUAAUAACGUAUUGUGGAGGCAGAGCUAAAGUAUAGCUUAACCUGUUAAUUUAAAACCGUAUAGACUAGACCUGAUUCUUUAAGAAUGGGUCACAUGGCAUUGCAGAUUAUUUGCCUCCAUAUAAUUCUCUGCACUCUGACUCGAGAUGUAAUUCACAAAGUAAAUAGUGCGAAUGGCAUUAAAUCACAAAACUCCCAACAAACUUCCACAGCUCCAUGGAGUUUGUUCCAAUUUAACGUUUAAUUAUGACUGAAAAAAGCUGCAAGCAACUCCCUGCUGAACAAAGCUGUGCUGUGUGCGUUCAGGCUGGAGUAAAUGAUGAGCUGAACGGAGAGGGAAGGUUCUUACCUGUUUAUUAUAAGUGUCAGUGGAUGUGACACAGUUUUCACAGUUUAUGUCCAGCAUCUAAAAAAAGCAGCUCAUUCAGAUCAAAUAAAGUAAUAAUCAAAAAAUGCUUUUUUGGCUGCACUUAGCCUUGUCCACAUGCUUUGUGAAUGCCAUGAUGUCUUUUUGCUUUAUUUGCACAGGUUUACUGCUGCAGCCUUUUUGUGACUCAGGUCCACUGUGUUGAAAAAAGUCUUGUCUCAUAUACUGGACCUGGCUUUAAAAGAAUAAUAUCAGAGAUUCCUAAACACCUAAUUAGCGGAAAGACUCCUUAUCUUUUUAUCUACAAAUGAGUACGAAACGGACCUGCUCCUGCUUGCUCUUAAACACAGUAUUGUGUUUUCCUGUAAUGCACUCAUCAUCACAGGAAGAUAUUGAGUGCUUUGAAGGUGUUAUACCACCUCAGUCUGUAUAUGUAUCCAGAUUUCCACUCUAGGUUUAUACACAGACAAAAAUAGAUUUAGAUGUGUGCUGUCAAAAAUCAGAACACUUCACUCGAGGCUUACUCUGGAAGCAUGAAUAACGGAAGACUUAACAUAUGUACAGUACCAGAGGUUAUGUAGGUGAGAGGAUCCUAGAGGAAUUCCUACUCACCGCUACUUUAUCGAACAGAUUUUAUUUCAGCAUACUCGCUGGUUGGGUGCAGUUUAAUGUACGUAGGAUCUGUUCAUUUCAGAGUGCUCAGCUCAGCCGGAUUGUCAACAGUCUGAUGCCUCCUCUCAGCUUUUCGCCGCUAUCAAAACAACCACAAAGCUGGAGAGGCAAGGAGAGGUUCACAAGGUAGAGAACACACAAACACACACACCCACCCACACUAAUGAAAUACUGCAACUGUACAAGCAUACGGCACUGCAAGACUUUGAAAAAUCACUCUAACCAUCAUUAGAUUUUCUAACACUCCAAUCAAACACUUUCAACUUCAGGGUCAGUCACUGUCACAGACUGAUGUGGGGGCUGGUUGCAUAUCCUGGUUGGUCCCCACCAUCUGGCCUGACUUAAAUCAUCCCUUCAUAAUAUCUUUCCUUCCUGCUGCCUUUUAAACUCCCUGGCUGUGAAGAUUAAGCUGAGUGAUUGGAAAGAAACUACUCUAUUUGCUCAUGCACACAACAGUGGUUUACACAUGGGUAUUGUUUGUGCCUGGUUGAUAUUCCUGAACAAGAUCAAAGUCAAGCGGCACCUUGAAAACUUGUUUGUUGCAUGUUUGAUCCUAGCAUGAAUCAGAUCCUUAACAUUUCCAUGACCCCACAUGCUUUGGUCUUUGCAGUGGUCAGGAUGGAGAUGUUUUCAUAUCUGGGAGCUUUAAGAGACGGAGGUUAGGGAUUAGGAGGCUCUACAAAGCUGAUUCUUCAUGUGUAUGUGCUCGAACCCGACCCCUGGUCACUUACCACAAGCCAAGACUGUUCUCUUUCAACACCCUCAGCUCCAAAAGUUCACAGGUAGGCCUCCUGCAUUUAAAACACAACGUCACAUUCUUCCAGAAGUGUUUCUCCAAAUCAAUUUUUCCCUCAUGUCUUUGUAAAUGGGAUUAUUUUCUCUUUCAUUCAUACUACAUUUAGUCAUAGUAAUAACCCCUCACUGUGAGCUUUUUCUUAUCCAAAUCCAGCCUCUGAAACAAGUCAAUUGCCCCUCAUACACUAUGGCUAGAAGUGUUUAUUCAUGAUGCUUGCCUUUGUCACUGUGUGAGUGCAUGCAGAUAAUGGAUACCUAUCUAAAUCGCACCCCCCCACUCAUAAUCAGAGGAUAUGAUGGUAGAUGGCACCCGCACUAGGCCUAAUUAAACCAUUGCUUUAUGCAGUCAUGGUUUGCAUUUUGAUUUUACAAUUAAGAGAAAAAGAAAAUGAGUCUUUCAUUGUGUCUAUUCACUUAUGUGAUUGGAGUUGUCCACACAGUAAAACCAAAUGUAGCUUCAAAGUAGUUGCUCUUGGCCAGACUUCAGAGGUGAAAAGUCUUAUAACUAAAACAGUCUUUCAGAUGAAACAAGAGUUAAUUUUUCUAAAGCCAAACACCUGCUUUUAAUCAAACUACAAUAUCUCUUUGGAUUUUGUUAAACAAACAAGUGUGUGCAGUUGUUUUAAAGCUCUAGUUUUAGUUUAGCCAGUGCUAAACAAGCAAGCAGAAUCAGGGGGCUGGGGUAGUGGUACCUUUCAAGAGGUUGUCAUUACCCUGAAAGCCUCAUGUGGCUCCAGAUUCAACAGAUGCAUCAAACUCCACAGUGCAAAAGAGCCACCUUUAUGUCGCAACAGUUAUUGGAAACUAAACAAGACUGAAAGGAGAGUAGACUUAUGUGAGGGUGCCAGAAUAAAAGCCUACUUCUUACAGUCCAUCAUCAACACAUUUCUAAAGCCUUAUAAAUGCAUCUACAAGGCUUUCCUUGUGAGUGAUGAUCAGCAUUCACAAUAGCUUAUAGCAAUGUUUAUGAAGUGUUAUAGGCAGUAGUUAUAAUGUUUUAUAAAGGUAUGUUUUAGGAUGUAUGACAACUUAAUGCAAAAGAAAAAAUAUCAAGUAACAAUAAAACCUUGUUAAGUGUUUUUGUCUGACUCUUUACUUACAGCCACAUAAUACUGCUUAUAAGUUUUUAUCAAUCUGUUAUAGGAUCAUAUAAUUGGUAAUAACUUCAGUAUCAUUAUCAUAGGCUGUAUAUAGAAUGGAUGCCAUCUGCCUCCUCGCUGGGUGAAGACACCACAAGAACAGCACCCUCUGGUGACGGGCUGCAGUAUAGGUCAUAAACCCCGCCUCCUCCAGCAAUCCUUUUGGAGCUGUGGACAAACUUUAGAAAUCUGUAACACAGAAUAUACAUUUUUCUACCCCCUGGUUGCGAUGUUGACAUGUAGUUACAGUAAGACUGGUUUGUGCCAGUCUUACUGGUUUUUGGGAGGUUUCUAUGAUUGAUACUUGGCACAGCCUAUGGGUGUACAAAGAUUGCGUAGCUCACCCGAGUAUACGCUGUUUGAGCUUCUACUUCUUGUUGCUCUGUGUCUAAUGGAUUUGCACAUAAUCUACUAUAUCCCUACCUGCUAGCUGUAAACUUUUAUAUGUUGAUCAUUUGUCAGUGUUUCGUAGAAAUGGGGAGAUGAUACCAGAGCUGUAAAUAGGGCUGCCACAAACGAUUAAUCUGACAAUCGGCAUGACUACAAUUAUUUUUGCGAUUAAUCAAUUAAUCGGAUCGUAUAUUUUUAAUUUUUGCCCUAGCAUUUCUAAUCUAAACAGGACCAACCUGGUUAAAUAAAGGUUAAAAAAAAUACAUAUAUAUUUCGCAGACUAUCGCACCAGCAUGCAGCUGCUGUUUUAUUACCAUUAAAAAAACCUCCAUCUAAUAAUGUUUGAGAGUAUGUGCUUACUUUUAAUUUUAGUAGCAACUAAUUAGCCAACUAGCUUGCCGAGGUGACAGUGCUUCUCUGCCAUUCACUUUGUCAGCCAAAGCGACAUGUUUUCUUUUUAAGUGCUAGUGCAUGGUAGUUGUGCUGUUGUGAUAAGCAAGCUCUAAAGCUACGGUCCUGCUCACCUAUACUCAUUUUUGAAUCAAGUUUUUAUUGAGAGAGACCCUCACUGUUAUCUCAGUUUUGUUGGGAUGGCGAUAAAAGGACUCUGAAUUAAUGCAGUAGAGUUUAAAUAAGAACUUCCAUCAUACCAGGUGGGGCAGGGGACCUAAUUUCUCGAUCUCUAAACCCUUUUCCUGCUUAUAAACAAAAAAAUAAGAAGCCAAUGGACAAAAGACUUAUUCAUUAUGUACUGUAAAACAAAGAAAGACUCAGGUAUUUUUGGAUGUUGACAUGCGAUUAACUCAAGAACACAGAGUGCUGCUCUACCAUAAAGUGGGAUUGUAGUUGCUACAUUAAGAAGCAGUAUUGUGAUACUGCCAGAUAAUAAAGAAAUCACUUGAACAGUUUAAUUACCUGAAUCUGUGAGCUUAAAUAGAGCAGCUCUUUUAAAGCCGAAUGACUCACCCCUCUAACACAAAGAGACAGCCAAGUUCAUGCUUUGAAUUGAAGUCACUCUUUUUCACUGUUCAGUAUAAUGCCUUGGCUUUAUUUUUCUACCUUAUAGAACUCCGGGGCAUCCAUGUCUACCAUCUCCUCCUCUCUCUCAUCAUCCUCCUGUUCGUGUUGUUCCUCCUGUAAUCCCGUUGUUGUAUGCUCCAAUCCUGACUGCAGCUCCAGCAGGCUUCAGCUCUCUUGGACCCCUUCAUCCUCAUCAUUUGGUAGGAGAAACACUGAGAUAUAACAUAGUUUGUUAUAACAGCAGUUAGGGCUGCACGAUUAAUUGAUUUCAAAUCAUAAUCGGAUUAUUUAAUAAUGACGAUGUUAGAAUAAUUUAAAUCGUCAAAUCGAUUUUCCACUCUGUAUCAUGUCUCAUGCCUCCAGGCCACUGUAGACUCCCCCUUCCUGUGGGAGUGCUCCCCAGUUCCCUUACACACUAGUGUAAACAAACAUGGCGUUUGCAAAAGAAGGCAAUACUUUCCUGGCUAAAUAAGGCAAGAGCAAGUCAGUAUUGUGAAAUUGGUGCGGCUUUGCAGUUUCGAAUGAAGAGCGAACCACUCCCCGCUGUAAGUCCGUCUGAAGGCGGUAUCAACCUGUCCGCAUGGAAACAGGAGUAAACGCAAAAGAAUUUUGUCGUAUCAGUGUUUAAUCCACAGGGGCCAGUGUUUUAUGGCGCCUGUGUGUGUCCGGCCAAAACAACCUUUAUACGAAUUCUCUGUACUCUUCUUCUGUCUUUUAUGCAUUUCCUGGACAGUGUUACAGCACCACUUACUGGCUUGGCUUAUGCACUACAUCGUUUUUACUGGUUUCGUUCAUAGACUGUAAAUAUAGAAUGGACAGAGUGUGCCUCCUCGCUGGGUGAAGCCACUCCGAGAACAGCACCCUCUGUUGAUGGGCUGAAGUAUAGGUCAUAAAUCCCGCCUCCGCCAGCAAAGCUUAUGGAGCUGUGGACAAACUUUAGAAAUUUAUUACACAGAACAUAAAUUUUUCUCCCCCCUGCUUGUGAUGUUGACAUGUAGUUAUUGUAAGACUGGUUUGUGCUCAAGUCCUCUUUUUUCUGUGAAGCUCCGUUUUUAAAAGUUAUUAGGGGGUUCAUGUUUUCUAUGAUUGACACCUGAUACAGCCUAUGGGCGUUCAAGGAUUGCGUAGCUCACCCGUGGGGAUACGCAUUUUGAGCCGAGCGUCAUCACAGUGACUCUUGGCGACUCUCCCGCCGAAUGCGCACAUCGCUACUGCGCAGCGCUGGUUUCAGGAAAUGAAGAAAAAUCCUGGAAAUACAGAGAGCUUUUUGGCUUCAAAUCCGUAUACAGGCGGUAGGCGAAACCAAGUUGUCCAUAGUAUAUACAGUCUAUGGUUUCGUUUUGAGAGAUGAUAGAAAAACUUUUUAUUUUUAAACUGAAGUUUGGUGAAGUUGUCAUGUCUCCCUAAGGAGAAAAUUUGUCUUGGACAUACGGGUAGGCAGCAUACAUAUAAUAUAGUACACACAGUACACAGCAAUACAGCACAGGACAACAGAAGCAAUAACAAUAUAAUAAAGUGCACAGUGACGCGAAAAAGCUCAAGUAAACCUCUAGAUCACCCUCCAAUAUAAUAAAUAGUAACAACCCCCACUGCAUUCCUAGUGCACCAGGAAACACAUUAAACUAGGAAAGCACUCGGAGAGUGCAGACCUCUGCCAAGCAGCUCAUGUCCCCCCUUAUAUUGUGAUUCACACCAAAACUUUUACUGUUACAUGUCUUUUAUUAACUUUUAUUUGUGUUUAAACUGGUUUGUUCACUGUUCAUAAUGUUCCUAAAACAACAAAGCUCAUAUUAGAUACAUAAAUGCAUGAUUGAUUAUGCAAUAUUUGUAAGCGUACACUUCCUUGUAUCUUCACUGGUUAUCUUUCAGCAUUGAAAAUUCCAAUGACAUCCCUAUUUUUGUGUGUUCUGGAUUACAGUAUCUGGAAUUUUGUCUGGAUCAGGAUCAACCUUUGACACCUCAUAAAACUCAUUGAGAUCCUUUUGUGUAACUUUUUACUAAAGACUCUGGGCCAUUUUUAUAGAGUUAAAUGCAAAAAUUCCAAAAUUUGCCCUAUCUCACAAUGAUAAAGUAUCGUUCAAAAAAUUCCUGGAUCCAGAAGGCGAUCGGAUCACCACCAAAAUGUAAUGGGAUCCUCCUGGGGCUGAGACACACCUCUGGUGAAAAUUUCAGGUCAAUCCGUCUGUAACUUUCUCCGUAAAGUUGCUAACAGACAAACAAACAAACAAACCAACGCUACCAAAAACAUAACCUCCUUGGUGCAGGUAAUUACAUUAUCCCUACCUCAAAACCUUCUACCCUGUCUGUCCUCUGCAAGCAGCCCAUUAAGUAGAGUGAUCGACAGAGGGACGAAGGAAUAUUUAUAUCUAUUGAAGUUACACCUGUCGGCCUCAUACCUCCUUCCCGAUGGCAAUAAUCUAUAAUCUCCAUUUAGCACAUGGGAGGGGUCAUAGACAAUUUUCUUAGCCUGCUCAACAGUAGACUGCUCAAAAAUUACCUGGGGGGUUAUGGGAGGUGUUGACAUACCCAUAACCUUACCUGCCAUUUUGACAAGUCUAAAUAUUUCUGAUUUAUGUUUCACAGACAGAUUUCCAAACCAACUGAUGAUACCAUACCUUACAAUUGAUUCUAUACUGGCUCUAUAAAAGAUCAGCAUUAUGUUCCUACAUACACCGAAGAGUCUAAGCCUCCAGAGAAAGUGAAGGCGCUGGUGUACCUUUGCACAUAUAUUUGUCACAUAAAGACACGAUACGCUUUUGUAAGGCUUUGCUAACUACUAGUGUGUUGUUUUACAUCCAAAUGCUACAAGUAACUCCUAGCAUACAGAAUAUCACACAGGGUCUGUGUGAGGCUCCCAACAGGGCAGUAGAUGGAAAUGAAAUCAUGGCUGUUUCACCAACAUCAAUAUCUAUCCACGUAUUCAGUAUGGUACUAUUAAAUGAACAGUCACAGCUACUAUGUUCAUGUAUGAUCUUUAGCAAUAAAUGAUAGGUUGACUAGGCUAUAUAAACCUUAAAAUCUCAGACUGAAAGUCUCUCCUGUUUGUGUUAAAAACAGAAGUGAGCUAACUACUGAGCAAUGCAGAAGGUUUGAAAAGCAGAGAGAGUAAAUGAGAAGACACAAAGGAGGCAGAUUAUAGAUUGAUGAAGAUGUCACUCAGCCAGCACCCUAUUGAUUCCCUGUCAGCUUGGAUGAUAUUCACAAAAGAAGCAUAAGAAGACAGUCAGUCAGAUAAAUGUGGCCUGAAGGGAAUGACUUGGCACAUGGUAACCUCUUAUCAUAGUUCAUAAACACCAAACUGAAGAAAUUACAUUUAAAAAAAACAGUGAAAGCAAGAAUGAGUUGAAAAUGUGGGGAAUGAGAAGAAGAAUACUGAGAUAUCCUGAAAUAUGAAAAAAAAAAAAAAAGAUUUAGGUUGUUGAAGUGCUAUUUUCGACAACACCCCUCAAACUUACCCAUGAUCUUUCAGACACUCAUCUAUUCCACCCCUUGAAGGGAACUCAAGGCAGAGAAGAAUGGAUCCUUCAGCCUUUGGUCAUUAAUGCCCAAGCCUUUAGUCCAACACUCAGCAAACGACGCAGCUCUACACCCCUGCACAACAGUAAGAUCUUACCUGUAUUUAUAAUAGUUUUCUCCCUGCACUGUUCUUUUCUUGGCAGCUCUCCUUCUUCUGCCUCUUCAGUCUACUCUCUUUAGCUCCACUGUCCUUUGAUUUGUAGCACACCUUACUGAGCCUUUAUGUGUAGGUGCUACUUUUGAGCAACUCCAAAGGAAACCAUGUUACCUGCUGUGUUGACAUCACAGUGAACUGAUGCAAGAGGCGCCAUGAAGCUAGAAGUGUUUUAUGAAAGGCUGCAUAUGCUUUCUUGUCGUUGCCGUUCAUAGAACAGAAGGGAACUACUCCGACUUAAGAUCCACACCUCUGUUGUUGAAGCUGGAAUGAAGUCUUGUCUUUGGAGUCAAUGGUGAUGUUGUGUCAAUGCAGAGAUGACACAUUUUUCUGCAGGUUAACAGUGGGAACUUUGUACAAAUCACUGUACUUAAGCAAUGAGUCUUUGCUGCCAACCUGACUUGUUAACUAGUUACCCCACUCAGCUUCACAGAUAAGAAGUGGUUCUCAAUUUGACUGAUCUCAAAGUAACUGAGCUGGAGAUGGGCAAACAAACACCCGCAUAACCCAAGUCAGUGCCUGUCUUGGUACACAGGUCCUGCUACAGAAUGAAGAUUACAUCUGCAUUGAUUGACUAGCAUUGAUAACACUUUUAAAUCAAUGAUUGGUUGUAGAAUUUUCCUGGAAACGAAUAAAAACUGAGUGAUGUGAUGUUUUAGACUGCCAAUUUUCUGUACUUUAAAAUACAGAAGUGAGGUAAAAUGACAGAUGUGGAGAGUUGAAGUAGAGGUAGAGUGAUUUACAGAGGAAUGAAAGCCAAAAGAGGGGCAGACUGAAAAUUAAUGAAGGUGCCAUUCACCCAAACACUCUGUUGAUUUCCUGUCACCUUGAAUGAUCACCUUAAAUAACAGCCUGGCAAACAACAGCAAACCCCCACCAUGGCCCACUGUAGCUGGAAAAGAUUGAGAUUGUUCACCAGCCAAAGAAGGUAGAAGAAAAGGCAGGAAAUGGACUCAGUCAAUGAUGACAGUGAUUGAAAGGCAGCUGUUGAAUCUGUUUCUUCAGAAUAAGAAUAGAGAGCACAGUCACCACAGCCAAAGAGUGCUGGAGACAAGUGUGAGUAUACAAGAGUUCAUCUUUGACUCUUAUUGAUUGAAAAAAUAUACUGAGAAGAGUGCACAUAAGGCAUAGGGCUAAAAAACGUCAGAGUACCUUAAAAUAAGAGUUUUUGCUCCAGGGAAGCUCAAGGAAAAUAAUAUAUUCACUCUUGACUGAUAACUUAUCUACUGUACACUCUUGGUUUAAUAAAAGCAUUUGUUGUUAGCUAAGCAAGGAAGAGAAAGCAGAGAGCCUCACACCUAACGAAAGAACAGAGCGAAUGUCUCAGGAUUAGCUUUUGUUCACUUGAAGCUAAGCAUUAAAUCCCUGAGGAAAUAAAAGGUGUUUGGAAAUGAAAGAAAAAUCCUCAGGCUGUCUGUGUGUGUGUGUGUGUGUGUGUGUGUGUGUGUGUGUGUGUGUGUGUGUGUGUGUGUGUGUGUGUGUGUGUGUGUGUGUGUGUGUCAUUGUAGGUCACAAAAACAAGCAGCAUGCAAGGCGUCACAACAGCAGAGUUAUGGGCCUAUCACCAAUCAGGAUGGCAGGCGCGACUGCCAGUCAACACAGGAGGACCAAUCAGAGGAAAAGAAGGAAAAGAUGCUUUCAGAGCCUGAUGGAUGGUGUGUGUAUGAAAUCAGUGUCCAUCAAAUCUAAAAUUCAGAUCUGACAGAUUGCACCCAUAUUUGGAUCUACUUCACAGUGGUGUUUUUCUUUGUAGUUGUUAUUUGUUUAUUACAUAAUAAGGGUUAAAGGGAUAUUACGGCAUGAAUUUAAGUCAGGGUCAACAACACUGUAACACCGAGAUAGACACCCCCUUGAGAGAUAAAUGUUGCUGACUGCUUGCUUCUCUAGUUAUGCCAACUUUAGUAACGACUGCAUGAUAGCAAUACACUGUAGUCUGAGGAGCCAUACACAAACCUCAACCAAACAGCCACUCUAUAGCCACAAAUAUUGCUCAGAACAGCACCUAAUUUCAUCAACAGUACAUAUAGGGUUCCAGCCAUAGUACUAGCCACCAAACAUCUUUUUAACUUUGCCUGAUUUCUUUAGCAAAGAGACCAAACACAUACUCACAUACUCUCUUCCAGCAGCCUCUUGUUUGUAGCGAGACCUCGACCAGUCCAUUCUCUGUAUUGCUCUGUAUUGCUAGCUGCGGUCGUUACUAAAGAUGGUAUAACAAGAGAAGCAAGCGGUCAGCAACAUUAAUCUCUCGAAGGAGUAUCUAACUUGGUGUUAUGGUGUGUUUGACCUUAAAUUGAUUUUUCGUCGGAAUAUCCCUUUAAGUUAAAAGCUGUCAACACUAAGUUAAACAUAUCUAACAGAAUACAGGAUCAUCAUUUCAGAGAGUUUGUUUUACAUGUUUGUGUUACAUAGAUGAGGAGGAUGUCCCAGACCAGCUCUGUGACCCUGAGGACAGCUCCGAUGACAUUCAGGAGGACGGCUACACACAGGCUUUACACAAGCAGCUCUCAAGGGUAACACACACAUACACACUUUUGUUUAUAUAUACAGUGGAUAUAAAAAGUCUACACACCCCUGUUCAACUGCCAGCUUUUUGUCAUGUAAAAAAAUUAAAUCAAGAUAAAUAAUUUCCCAAAUUCUUCCACCUAUAACCUGUACAACACAAUUGAAAAACAAACAACUGAGAUCAUGUGGUUGCAUAAGUGUGCACACCCUUUAAUAACUGGGGAUGUGGCUGUGUUCAGAUUUAACCACUUACAUUCAAACUCAGGUUAAAUUGGAGUCAGCACACACCUGCCACCAAUUAAAGUGCCUCUGAUCAACCCCAAAUAAAGUUCAGCUGUUCUAGAAGCCUUUUCUGACAUUUUUGUAGCCACAUCUUCCAGCACAAGCCAUGGUCAGCAGAGAGCUUCCAAAGCAUCAGAGGGAUCUUAUUAUUCAAAGAUAUCAGUCAGGUGAGGGCUACAAAAGAAUUUCCAAGGAAUUAAAUAUACCAUGGAACACAGUAAAGACUGUCAUCAUCAAGUGGAGAAAAUAUGGCACAAUGAUGACAUUACCAAGAACAGGACGUCCAUCCAAAAUUGAUGAUAAGACAAGAAGAAAACUUGUCAGGGAGGCUACCAAGAGGCCGACAGCAACACUGAAGGAACUGCAGGAAUUUCUGGCAAGUACUGGCUGUGUAGUACAUGUGACAACAAUCUCCCGCUGUCCUCAUAUGUCUGGGCUAUGGGGUAGGGUGGCAAGACAGAAGCCUUAUCUUACAAAGGAAAACAUCAAAGCCUGGCUUAAUUUUGCAAAAAGACAUCUGAAAUCUCCCAAACACAUGUUGGAAAAUGUGUUAUGGUCUGAUGAAACCAAAGUUGAACUUUUUGGGCAUCACUGCAAAAGGUAUAUUUGGUGCAAAAUCAACACUGCUCAUCACCAAAGGAACACCAUACCUACAGUGAAGCAUGGUCGUGGCAGCAUCAUGCUUCGGGGCUGUUUUUCUUCAGCUGGAGCUGGUCCCUUAGUCAGGGUGGAGGGAAUUAUGAACAGUUCCAAAUACCAGUCAGUCUCGGCACAAAACCUUCGGCCUCCUGCUAGAAAGCUGAAAAUAAAGAGGAACUUCAUCUUUCAGCACAACAAUGACUCAAAGCACACAUCUAAAUCAACAAAAAAAUGGCUUCACUGGAAUAAGAUUGAGACUGGAAUGGUCCAGCCAGAGCAAAGACCUGAAUCCCAUAGAACAUUUGUGGGGUGAUCUGAAGAGGGCUGUGCACAGGAGAUGCCCUCGCAAUCUGUCAGAUUAAGAGUGGUUUUGCAAAGAAGAGUGGGCAAAUAUUGCCACAUCAAGUCGUGCCACGCUAAUAGACUCUAACCCAAAAAGACCGCGUGCUGUAAUAAAAGCCAAAGGUGCUGCAAAAAAGUAUUAGUUUAAGGGUGUGCAUAUUUAUGCAACCAGGUUAUUUUAACUUUUUUAUUUUUUAUUUUUCCCCUUAAAGAUUUCAGUUUGUCUUUCAAUUGCAUUGUACAGGUUAUAGGUCACAUUAAAGGUGGAAAAAGUUGUGAAAAUAUUUAUCUUACUGUCAUUUUCCUGCAUCACGAAAACCUGGCAGUUGAACAGGGGCGUGUAGACUUUUUAUAUCCACUGUAAAUAUCUAUCUAUCUAUCUAUCUAUCUAUCUAUCUAUCUGUCUGUCUGUCUGUCUGUCUGUCUGUCUGUCUGUCUGUCUGUCUGUCUGUCUGUCUGUCUGUCUGUCUGUCUGUCUGUCUGCGUGCGUGCGUGCGUGUGUGUGUUCUAGCAAGAGUUCUGGCCUUCAUGUCACCUUUUACCUCAACAACUUGAUAAUGAAGCACAACUCAGAAUGUGGUGAAAAUAUCACAUUGCUCUUGGCUGUGUGUGUUUUUUUAGGCCUGUGUUCGUAAACGCCAGGGAGAGAGUGUGUACAACAUCAACAACAUUGUCAUCCCCAUGUCAGUAGCUAAAGUGGAAAAGCUGCAGUACAAAGACAUCCUCACACCAAGGUAGGAAACAACACAGCCUCUGAAGGAGAUGACCAGGAUUCCUGAGGACCUGGCUGAGCAUGUUGGUCUAUGACAGGGUUCCUUGAAAAUUAGUGGUCACUCUCAGACACGUACAAUUUUCCAUCCUUAGCCUUGAACAAAUGCAUCCUAAUGUACUGAUCACAUCUCUAUUUAAAGAAGUCUAGACUCUGGUUUCAGGUGCUCAGGAAGUCUGUCUUGUUUCACAGUUGGCGAGUGGUUAACAACUCAUCUCUGAUAAAAAGGGAGGAAGAAAAGGAAACAAGCGUUGAGGAGGUGCAGGUUUGGGGUGUAUCCUCUCUUUAAAAAUGAGCUGUAUAAUGUAGGAAAAAAGAAAUGCCUUUUCAUUUAUGGGUGUAUAUUUCAGGAAGAGGAUCUCACCGAUGAAGUGUUUGUUCGGAGGCAUUUGGCUUUAGAGCAGAGGGAGAAAAAGCGGUGGUCAUCCUGGGGGAAGAGGAAAUGCUUUCGACGUUAUAACAGGUGGAAAUACUAAUGCAAACAUGCUCACACGUGCAAUAAUCUAGUACUAUCUGAUCUGGAUCUGGAUCUGGAUCUCGGUGGCAUCAAAAUGUUGGGUGAUCUACAAAUCUACAAAGUGAUCUACAAAUGCGAGGAGGAUUUUCUGAUUUGGCAUUGUUCAUAAUUUUAAACGGAGACAACAAAACAACAUUUAACUCACCUGCUCUGCAGUCGUGGCAUUUGCUUCACUUCUGUGCAUGUCAGUACAGCCUGUGUGAAAGGAGAAUGUGGAGUAAUUUUCUUGCAUCAUGUGGUUUGUUUGUUUUCUCACUCUAGAUCUGGCAGCAGGCUGUCAAGCAGUGGGGGUGGGAUGUGCACAUCAGGAGAGGAGAGCUCUGUGGAGUGGAGUUGUGCUCAGCUGGAUGCUGACGAACAGCAAAGCCCAGAGGAGUGGCUGGUAAGAUCAAAAAGCACGUUGGUUGAAAUCCCAAACCCCUGAAACAAAAUCUGAUAGAGGGAGAGUAUGAUGCUUCAGCUGCAAAAGGAGGGAACUUACCCUGGGGGUUACACAGCAGUUUUCCUUUGGCUGUGAUGCAAUAAUGCAAUCAAAAAGCAGUGUUUCCCAGAGUCUUCAGUUUGUUUCGCCAAAUGUAAAAUGUUUUACACACCAAUAAAGAAACAAUCUUAAAGUUAAAAACAGUGAUACUAUUUUGUGCAAAACAUUGUACAAGGCUACAACUUCAGCUCCUUGUAGCAUUCGGGGUGUUCUUUUAAACAAUCAUGAGUCCAGCGUAGUGCUGAAUAUCCUUUAAUGCUAACUGCCUGUAUUUGCAUGGGAGUGAACUGAACUGUUGCUGAAAGGAUAUUUCCUGUAACUGUGCUGCUAUAUGGAGGCCCAAAACCGUGUGGCAGACUAAUCAACACUCUUUCCCAGGCAUGUUGUGUGAAGUAUAAGGCUUAAAUGUAUCCCUAAGAGCCCACAGAUACUUGUCUGCUCCAGCUAAUGAUGCUGUGAUUACAGGGCUCCAUGCCUCUCGGCUUUGAUUGGAGAAGGAUUGAGUUGCCUCUCAACCAGACUGCCCUAAUCAACCUUCUCCACACCACAAAUAUCUUCCACUUCACUGUUUAUAUCUCUCUUGCACUCUGGCAACAGACCCCGAUAAUAGGGCAGCUUUUGAUUUUUGUAAAACAGGAAUAAGUGUUAUGAACACUGAUGGUACUGCCUACAAAGUCUAAAAUUAAGAGUUUGGACAUUUAUUUCCAAGUUUUAUUCUUACAGCUUCCAUUUCUGAAACAGUUGAACACGUCACAUUUUGUUUUUCUAAGAGUUGAUACAUUUAGUAGAUGAUGUACUCUGAAAUGUGUCACCAUGUCAAAUGUAAAGGUUUCAGAUGUUCAGUUAAUUUAAAUGUCCUCUGUCCUCCAGCAGCCUCAGAUGCCUUGGGAGCCUCGAGUGUUCCCUUUGGGUGCUGGUGAGGAAGACGCACUGCUCCUUGGUAAUCUGGAAAAAGUCCCAUCAGGGUGGUCAGACUGUAGAGCUGUGUUUUCCACAUCAAAAAAUUUAAUCUCCCAACUCCCAUCAGCUCUGUCUUCAAGUGCUACACUGCCAUCCAGUGGACAACGCAAGAACUGCACGCUCAGUGGCAGCUGAGAACAAACUUUGCUUCAUUUUUAGCAGGUAAGCUGGAAACCUCCCUAAAUGUCCUGCUCAUUGGUAGACUCAUAUACUGCACUUGAAAAGCUGUUCCACUAGGUUGUAUUUUCCCUUUGUUUUUAGUUUUCAUUUCUUCAUUUAUUCAGCUGUUUUAAGAACACAGUCAACAUUUCUUUGACAAUGUAAGUCAGCAGAUCAGUGAUGAGGCAUUAUGAAAGAACAAUUCAUGCAUUUAUAGGAAUAUGUCUUCAUUUUAUACUGGAAUUAAUACAAUUUAAUGACCCCUGCACUUGAUCAUCUAUUAUAGAAGUCAAAUAUCAAAUAAUUUAUGUAUUGUUCAAUGGACGUCUGCUUUUAUCCUUAUAAAACAUACAUUUACUGAUUGACUGAUGGAGGGUACCUCCAGUCAGUCUUUGGGUGUCCUUGCAUGAGUCAGCAUGAAGGUAUGUUUUGAUAAAAAUAAUACAGUAGAUUUAAUACAUAACUUUUGUAACAUUUGUUUUCCACUCUAGAUCUGGAACCACGAGAAGACAAUGAGUCCUUCUGAACCUAUAUUUGAAUAUACUUCACUGACUCAUUAAUCAGAUGUUGUUUGCGUCACACUUGGACGCACAAAUAUGUAUUUUCUAAGUAUUGUGACUUGUCACCUCCUUUUCAGUGGCUACUGUAGCAUUUGCUACACUCCAAAGCUGUACAUUAACUAGAGGUACUGUAAGUCAACAACUAUAUACCGACACAACUCCACUGUAGUCUCAGGUUUGUACUGUUUUAAGUUAGCACAUGCACUAUUUAUUUUUAUUGUUGUCUUUAAAGGUCUUUAUAGAAACACAUGCACAUAUAUUUAUAUACCCUUUCUUGGUUGAUAUGACCUUGUUUUAAUAUCUUACGUGUCUGACGCUGUCGUCUUUGUAUGUAUUUUGGACAAAGAACUGUGUUUAUUAAAAGAUUUAUGGUAGUAAA